AUGGAUUUAUCAGAGCCCAAGUGCUUGCCAUGGGAUCUAAUAAUAGAAAUAUUGGCGAUGUUGCCGGCGAAAACCCUUCUUAGAUUCAGAUGUGUUUGUAAAGCUUGGAGAUCUAUGAUCGAUUCGUCAGAUUUCAUCAAUAUGCAUCUUAAAGUUUACAAUACUAAUAAAAAUCGUAUAUUAGUGCAGGAGGCUUAUGGUGGCGGACGAUCAAGAACUUAUGCAAUAUAUUGUACUAGUGGCAUACGCCCUUUAACUAAAAGUGCUCAAUUAUAUGAAACAUCUAUAUCUUACACUCUCUAUAGUUGUUGUAAUGGGUUGAUGUUGGUGAGGCCGCGGUCGUCCUACCCGUGCCCCUGUCGAACUCCCUUCAGACUGUGGAACCCGUCUAUUAGGAAGUCUUUGCUUCUUCCCCUUUGCCCUUUGGUCUCCGCAAGAUAUGCUCUUGGAUAUGCUCCUUCUUGUAAUGAUUAUAAAGUGGUUGCUUUUGAACAAGGACUUAAAUCAAUAAGUGAUGUAGUAGAAGUACCCAUUGCUGUAUAUUCGCUCAACGAUCAUAGUUGGAAGAUGAAAACUAAAUCUGGGAUUUUUGCUCACCGAUUAUGUUUUUAUAGGAUGGAAAGACGAAGUGUUUUCUGUCAAGGGGCUGUAUAUUGGGUUGGAGUUUAUUAUUCAUCUGAAGCUCUCUAUCGAUUUGACUUCGAUACUGAGGAACUUAGGUUUUUGGAAAUUCCGGAUACCCAGAAAAAUGGAAUUUGGAUUAGGAGUUAUGCUAUCCUCCUCGGUGACUCAAUUGCAGUUUGCAGCUUAUCUUUGCAAAGGACUCGCAUAUGGAUACUGAAAAAGGAUGGUGCAGAGGAGUCAUGGAGUCUUUGGAUAUCCGGAGAUGGAUAUGAGGAUUAUUGCUAUCAAACUCAUUAUGUUCGCAACAAAACUGUACUUUUGAUGGGUUUCCAGAGCAUGAGCUCUUAUAAUUUCGCGAAUCAUCAAAGACAAGACUUAAGUAGUUCUUUUCAAGGUUUUUGUCAAUAUUUAAGUACGUAUGUGGAGAGCUUGGUGAUGAGCAAAGUAUCUAAAGGGCAGACUUUGACACCCCUUCCACAAAGAGAAACUGAUGAACUAAGAGAUGAUAAAUAA